CAGCUGUUCAAUGUUUAUAGAAGGUAUCUACAAGUUGUCAAACAGUCCCUGGCCAGUUCACCAACUUUCAGCUCACUGGCUCUAGCGGCAUCUUCACUGGCUUCUCCACGGAGUUUGUCGGCCAUGCCUGCCAAGGAGGAUGACACCGCCAAGCUCGUCUACAGCCAGCCUGCCUCUGGCAUCGUCAAGGUGACCGCCGGGAAGAAACUCCUGGAGCCUGUCCCUGAGGACCGCAAGGACAUGACACUCAACUGCCUAGAGGUUAAGCUGGACGUGGACAUCCCCAACAGUGGCCGUGUGGCGGUUCUCAACACUGUGAACCUGCCGCUGGUGAAGGAGGUUGGGCUGGGCGCUGACUCCGUGUCUCGCCUGGGUUCGCCUACGACUCAGGUGACAUACAUUGUCCGUGGCAGCGGCCCUGACGGCAAGCACGUCCUCGAGACCCACAUUGAUGGUGGCUCUGACGCGGUAAUGAUAAACGGAGCAAGCAAGCUCGGGCAGACUCUAGACCCGAUCUUCAGCCACCUGGCGGGAAAGACCUCGGUGUGGAAGACGAUCUUGCCGGAGGUGCUGGAGGCGUCAUUCAGCACGACUCAGGAGAUGGACAAGCUCUUCCGAUCCAAGAUGCUCGACUCGGAGAUCUUCUAA